CCAUCUGCUACAUCAAAAGCUGGGGUCAUUGAAUUGCCGCCAUCAGAAAUGGCUUAUCGAGAUUACCUACAUUUGAGAGAAAUCCCACUGGCUGAGUUGAAGAAUGCUGUAGGCAAUAUGCAGCUUCUCCGGCUGGUGAAUCUCGGCUAUCACUUGAAGAAGUAUCCGCUCAAGAAAGGGAAACAACUUCCGAAUAUAAAGUCAUUUGUGUUUGAUAAAUUAGCUCAAUCGGGAGUUGGGAAGCUUCAAGGUUGGAAUCCAUUAGUUUCGAAUAUUCCUUCGCUGUCGAAGACCUCGAAAUUCGGGAAGCUGCCGAAAAUUUUUCGAGAUGUUAAACGUCCCGGACGUAGCGACGGCGGUUAUACUUGGCCUGGUAUUCCUGAGAUGGACAGAGAACUUGAACGAUUAGGGGCAGAAGCGGAGACAGCAGGAGCAAAGGCCGCACUAGAACUGCGACAAAAAGAAGCGGCGAAAACGAAGGUCUGUGGAAAUCCCUUGACAAAAGCCUUGAACCCUCCCUCAUCAAAGCCAGAGGUGCCGAAAGUCCUGACGAAAGAGCUACCGAAAGAGUUACCGAAGUUGGUAUCAUGCGAAUUUUUUUUAUAA